UGGGAGGGAGACUGGAAAAUGCAUCAUUACCUGGCAGAGUUAAGCAUCCAGCAAUUCUACCCAAAAAUUCUACCUUCACAAGAUUGAUUAUUGAUCACUACCACAACAGAUCCUUGCAUCAAGGAAGAAACUUUACCCAAAACUGUUUGAGAGAAGGUGGUUACUGGAUAGUGAAAGGAAGCAAAGUUAUAGCAAAGUACAUAAGUAAAUGUGUAACCUGUAGAAAGACACGUAGACCUACAGAAGAACAAAGAAUGGCUGAUCUACCGGCUGAUCGUGUGAACCCAUCACCACCAUUUCUUUAUAGCGGAAUGGAUUGUUUUGGCCCAUUUAUCACCAAACAGAACCGCAAGGAGUACAAGAGAUAUGGACUAAUAUUUACAUGUCUAAGCUCCAGAGCAAUUCACCUGGAAAUGUUGGAAGAUAUGUCAACUGAUGCAUUCAUCAAUGCCUUAAGAUGUUUCAUAGCCAUUAGAGGUACUGUGAGAGAGCUUAGAUCUGACCAAGGAUCUAAUUUUGUUGGAGCAAAGAAUGAAUUGAACAAGGCUCUAAAAGAGAUGGAUAAAGAAAAAGUAACUGAGUACUUGUUAGAGAAACAGUGUGAUUUUCACAUGAAUGCUCCAAAUGCAAGCCAUACAGGAGGAGUUUGGGAGAGGCAAAUCAGAACUGUAAGAAAUGUGCUAAGUGCAGUGUUGAAAAGGAACGCCGGAAGAAUAGAUGAUGCUUCACUUAGGACACUAUUCUAUGAAGUAAUGUCUAUUGUUAACAGUCGUCCACUUACAGUCGACAACAUCAACGACCCAACAAGUUUGGAACCUUUAACUCCCAACCAUCUACUUCACCUUAAACCUGAUUACAUACAGCCACCGCCUGGCAAAUUCACCAAAGAGGAUUUAUACGCCAGAAAAAGAUGGCGAAGAGUUCAAUGUCUAUCAGAACAGUUUUGGAAUAGAUGGAGUAAAGAGUACUUAGCUCAUCUCACGCUAAGAAGUAAAUGGCAAACACCCAGAAGAAAUGUCCAAAUUGAUGACAUAGUGUUAGUAAAAGAAGACGACUUACCUAGAAGUCAAUGGAAAUUGGCCAAAGUCCUAGAAGUUCAAAAGGACGAAGACGGACUAGUGAGAAGAGUAUUGUUACAAAUAGGAGACUCAAAACUUGACAAAAAAGGAAAACGUCUCACAAUUCCACUCAAGUUGGAACGUCCAAUUCAAAAGUUAGUUGUUCUGCUUGAGAGUAACAAAAGACACUUGAGAGUUGAGAACCAGAUGGAAAAUUCCUCAAAUCCAUGUUGAAAUCCUACUACUGAGAACAUAGAGUUGUAGGUAAUUUUGGUGGGAGUGUAGCUGGCCAGCUAAGACCUGUCCUAGGUUACUAUUAUGGUUAUAUAUGUAUGUACCAAAACCUGCCAAUAACCUCAGUACAGUUCUUAUGUUCACAUGUUUAAGUAAAAAGCAGAGUUUGCCUGUAAUUAAUGUUUCUGAAUGUGAAUGUUAUAACAUUUAUAUGCAUUGUGUUAGCAGAAGCAGAAAAAGAAAAUAUACCUUUAAGAACCAUUAUAUAGGUAAGCCAAUCAUAGCCAGCCUCUCACUGCACAAGAGCUUCAACCAAUCCCAGUCAGCUACACAAUUGAUCUGUGUGGGAGUUCCCCAUGCCAGAUCUUUCUGAGGCCAUUACUUAUCAGACAAAGGGAGGAAACAGAGAGUUCCAGUCAGAGAUAAGUUUUAUGGAAGCAGAGAAGGCCAAAUAGUUCCACCAAUUUCAGACCUAUCCAAGUACCAAUUUCAGACCUAUCCAAGUAUCAAUUUCAGAACAAUCCGAGUGCCAAUUACAGACCAAAUACAGAUGCAAUUACAAAUCCAAAUGCAAAUACAAAGGUGAAUUGCUUACUGCUGAUAUAAAGCAAAUGCACAGUCCCAUACCAAAGUGCUAUACCUGAGAGUGAAAUACAUCCACCAUCUUAAGUUAUCUGUUAACUGUUGAACUGCCUUUUAUGGUUUUAUUCACCACGUGUUUGUACAUGGAAUAUCCGCUGCACAAGCAGCAGUGUUAUAUGAAGAAAGUUGAAGUUAUUAAAGAAGUUAUUUAAAAGUAUUGGUGUGUUCUUUAAACCUACUGCCUCCAUAGAACGGCGCUAGAGGAAUUACACAGUAAAAGAAAGUCUGAUUAGACUAAAGGGACAGAGAUUUUAUAAUUCUUCUAAUGCCACAGCGCACAAGGCUCUGUGUAGUGCUGCGCCUGCCACAGUGGAACUAUAACCUUCUGAGGGCAAAGCAAUAGUGCUCCUCAAUUUGCACAGUAAAGAGCGCAUUAGAGAAGCGGAGUGCCAGCAUAUACCGACAAGCAGCAACUGUUCCCUGAGUGAGCACGCAGAGAUACCUCAGCGGAGCUACCAUACAGGCCAUAGAACGUGGGCAUUAGUCAGACUGCAGCCGACUCUUAAAGUGGCAGAACGGCAAAGGCAAGAUAGUCAGAGAAAGAACGCCAACCCUCAUGCAAUUCAUAGAGAGAGAAAGAGACGCAUGGUGGGAGGCCAGAGUCCAGAGCUAGAGUGUCCGCACCGCUAUCCACCAACAGACUACGUCUUGAAUCCAGCUAGUUUCCCACAACUAGGCCCAAAGCUUGCAGCAGCGCACCGCAAGUCAUCACAGAGCAUCACAA